UAUUUUUAACUACUUAAUGACUUUCACUACUUAACCUUCAAUUAGAUUAGUUGAAUAUCUUGUAAUUUUUUAAAACCAAUUUUAAAAAUCUAUUUGUCUUGAGAUUGGAAAAUUUCAAAUUCUCAAAAAGCUUAAAAAAAGCUAAAUAUUAAUUGAUCCAUUUCAUGUAUCUCUUUUUUUGGUUAAUUGUUUCAACUUCUAUUUCCAUCAUCUUCAUCACCACCUGAAAUAUUUUUCUCUUCAUCACCUUCUCCUCCACCUUCAUCAUCAAUCUACUCAACAACAUCAACUUCAUCUCCCAAACCUCCAUCAAUUAUCACCUCUGGUUCCAAUGUUUCUCAUAUUAAUUUGGAAAUCAGUAUUUGACAAAUAUGACACAGAUGGAAAUGGUAGAAUACCAAUCGGUGCAUUUAGACGUCGUAUCAUGGAAGCAAAUGAAAGGCUCGAAGAAGAUAUUCCUCGUGAAGUUCUUGAUGAAAUUAUCGAAAGAGUUGAAUGGGAUCAUGAUGGUUACAUUUCCUAUUCCGAAUUUAUCUCAAUGGCUAGUGGACUUAAUCAGAUGACAAUUUCAUUCAAAAUUUAUAAUCUUUUUUUUUGUUCUCUUCGUGCUCAGGUUAAAUCACGAGAAAUGGGAGCUCAUAGACCGAUUUAGAAGUUAAAACCCUCUCAUUUAUUUCUCUCUCUCUCUCUCUCUCUUGGUUAUUGAUGUUAUUGUUUUUUCUUGUUUCAAUUUUUCUCUCUACGAGUUUGCAAUAACUGAGUGAGUCUCAUAGAGAUUAACCGAUUAACAGUUAAGUUAAUCAACAAGAGAAAGAAAAACACAAUUGUCUCUUAUUGUUGGAAAAUUUGUUCCAAAGGAAAACUGAGACUUGAGUCCAAUUGAACAAUCACAAUAAUUAUCCUCGAGAAUAGUAAAUAUAUUGAAGAAAUUUUUGGACACUCACCUUCCC